AUGAUCAACCACUCUUCAUUCUUUUACACUCUCUAUGAAUCAGAUGACUCUUCAUUUACUCCUUCUGUAGACCAGCUGCAUUAUUCUACACUCUCUAUGAAUCAGCUGCAGACUUUUACCUCUUCUACACUCAGAUGUGUCAUUUUCUUCCUUCUCAGAUGUGUCACAGACUCCUUCUCUAGACCAGCUGCUCUUACUCUCUACUCUCUCAUGAACAGACUCUUUACUCUCUCCUACACUCUCUCACAGAUUCUUCACUCUCUCCUACACUCUCAUGAUCAGCUUUUAGACUCUUCACUCUCUCUCUCUAUGAACACUCUUGCUCUCUCCUACACUCUGAUCAGCACAGACUCUUCACUCUCUCCUACACUCUCUAUGAUCCAGCAGACUCUUCCUCUCUCCCUACACUCUCUAUCUUCAGACUCUUCACUCUCUCCUCUCUCUCUGAUCAGCACAGACUCUUCACUCUCUCCUACACUCUCUAUGAUCACCAGACUCUUCACUAUCUCCUACACUCUCUGUGAUCAGCACAGACUCUUCACUAUCUCCUACCUCUCUAUGAUUGAAUCAGACUCUUGCAUUCUUUUACCUCUCUAUGAUCAGCACAGACUCUUCACUCUCAUUACACUCCUUCUCACAGACUCUUUACCUCUCCUACACUCUCAGAUGAUCAUUUACUCCUUCUGUAGACCUCUUCAUUCUCCUACACUCUCUAUGAUCAGCACAGACUCUUUUUUACCUACUUCUAUGAAUCAGAUGACUCUUUUCUCUCCUACUCUCUAUGAUCAGCUGCAUUACCUCUACCCUCUCUAUGAUCAGCACAGACUCUUCACUCUUAUUUUACACUCUCUAUGA